CCCAACUCACACACAAUCGUCCUCCCACCAAAAAAACAUAUGCUCCAUCAUCUCAGGUUCAACCGGUGUCCAAGGUGCAGCCUUGGGGUAAUCAAACCAUCAAAAUUACAAGUGGGAUAAACGGUGACACUGCGGACAAUCAACAGAGCUAUUCGUUGGAGAAGCUGGAGAACAACAAACCACAUCUGGCUGCAUGCACACCACUCACACCAAUUGGAGCAGCAGGUUGGGUAUCGAAAUGGCACUUCUCCUGAGUCUUCUCUGCACCUUGUGCCUGGUUGGGCAAGUUCUCGGCCAGGAUAUGCCCUAUGAGGAAUUUUUGGCCCAGAUCCAGGCCUGCCCUAAAGAGUGUACCUGCCCCCCCAACUUCCCUCGUGCUGUCUACUGUGACAACAAAGCCCUGAAGAGCAUCCCCAACAUCCCCCCACACACAUGGUAUCUCCACCUGCAGAACAAUCUAAUUGAAGUCCUGUCAGCUGAUGCCCUGCGUAACGCCACACAGCUGCGCUGGUUGAACCUAAACCGCAACAAAAUCAAUAGUAAGGGAGUGGAAGAAGGUGUCCUAAGUGCAAUGUCUCACCUUGUGCACCUCUACAUGGAUGACAACCUCUUGAGCGCGGUGCCAUCUCCACUGCCAGCCAGCCUUGAGCAUCUGCGUCUCUCUCGCAAUCGCAUCUCCAAAAUCCCUGGUCAUGUGUUCAGUGGUCUGAAUAAACUUAACCUCUUGGACCUCCAGGGGAACAAGCUGAUGGAUGACGAUGUGACUGAGGUGAGCCUGAAGGGUCUGAACAAUCUGGUACAGAUCAAUCUAGCCAAGAACCAGCUGACUAGCAUGCCUCUUGGCUUGCCACCCACCACUACCCAGCUUUUCCUUGACGGCAACAACAUUGAGAAGAUUCCAGAUGACUACUUCAAAGGUUUGCCAAAAGUGGCAUUUGUGAGGCUCAACCACAACAAGCUUGUCAACGGAGGAGUUCCCAAAAAUGUGUUUAACGUCUCCAGCAUUUUGGACUUGCAGCUGUCCCACAACCAGCUCACCGAGGUUCCCUUCAUUUCAUCAGACCUUGAGCACCUUUACCUCGACCACAACAAUAUCAAAAGUGUAAAUGGCGCAAAUAUCUGUCCUGUCGCCGUCGACGAUGUGGACGAGUCCGUCAACGACAGUGUUCCUCGACUGCGCUACCUCAGACUGGAUGGCAAUGAUAUUAAGCCACCAAUUCCCAGGGAUGUCAUUCUGUGCUUCCGUUUCCUGAGGUCCAUUGUCAUCUAAAGAAAGAUUACACCUAAAGUCCCACAACUGAUGAUGAUCUGUGAAUCUAUGUAACACAAUAGUGACUUGAGGAAUAUUUGCAUGUUUGUGAAGCUCAGAUAUUUGACACUAGUUGGCAUCAACUUGUUUUAUUGCUGUGAUUUAGGGAAAAGUUCCUUUCAGCUCGAGAAAACAUUGAUUUUUUUCAGUGAAAUUUGAAUAAAAUCUAAAAGAAAGUGCAAAAUUAACAAGGAACUCUAUCGAUGCUGUUGUUGUGCCUUAUGUUGGUGUAAACAUCUGUAUUAAAAUCUGAUUAUAAUUUAGCAUGUCAGUGUUUUUGACGGAUAGAAGAACAAAAUGUGUUAAUGGCAUGUUGAGCACUCUGUCAUUAUGCUUCUUUGAGCAGGAGGCAAAACUUUUGAAUGUGUAGGCAAAAUAUCAGUUUUCAUUUUUUUCUACUAUUUCAGGAAAACCUUUUCUUUAUACUUGUAGACUUGAAGCCAAAUUAAUGGUCUUAUGUUCUAGUUUUUUCUUAUUUACUUCAGAAAGUUUCUUGAUUCUACAAAUAUUUACUGUAGGUAAUUUCUAUUUAUUUAAUAUUGGAGGAAAAAAAGAAUAUUCAUGGCCAAUAUUUCUUAAUGUUUUGUAUACAAAAGAAAUGUGAUAACUGUUUUUAAAAAAUGCCAACAUGUGUUUUAAUUCUGGUAAUUUUUUUCUGAAUAGACUGAGCUAGAGAUUUCAUUUGAAUUGUCUUCAAUUUUAAUAAAAUAUCUGAAAAUGAA